UAAACUAUAUUGCCAAAAGUAUUGGGACACCCCUCUCAGGAGCUCAGUGGAUUCAAGCGUGGUAUCGGUUUGCCUUCUGUGCAGUAAGUCCAUCAAUUAAAUUUCCUUACUAAUAAAUAUUCCACGGUCAACUGUUAGUGGUAUUAUUACCAUGUGGAAGCAACUGGGAACAACAGCAACGCAGCCACAAAGUGAGCAGGGUCAGCACAUGCUGAAGCGCACAGUGCACAGAAGUUGCCAACUGUCUGCAAAGUCCAUAGCUAAAGACCUCCAAACUUCAUGUGGCCUUCAGAUUAGCACAACAACAGUGCAUAGAGAGCUUCAUAGAAUGGGUUUCCAUGGCCAA